GAUAUUAUAAGAAUUAAAUAAAACAAGAUUCAGACCAAAAGAUUUGUGAUCUACACAAUCCAAGCUGAUCAACGAUAAGCUCAGUAUUUUCAUUUAAUAUAUUUUUCAUCUGCUUGAAUGUUUCCUGCUUCACACAGUGCUCAACCUGCUAGAUUUUUGUUUGUUAUUCAUUUAUUUUAAAUGUCUAAUCUUCUCUUUGAAUCAAACAUUCAUACAUAUAUACACUAUGUUCAUUAUAAUAAGAUACAUAUAUACUGUCAGACACCACUCUGACAUUCCAUUCAUGCUCAGCUGAAUAUUAAAAUGGACAAAUAUGUGUCAUCUCUGCAUACGCUAUGAUCAUUAUAGAAUGACAUGAAAUAUUAAAACUGAGCUUAAUCUUCAACAUAAGCAGUAGUCAUAUAAAUUCAUAUACUCUUAAGCACAAAUGGUGAAAGUUUUUCUGCAGAAUAAGUAGCCUAUUAGUUGUAUCUGUAUUGCGGUGUUCUGAUAGUAUGGCUUCUUAUACUGAAGAAAUGGAUCUAAAUAAAUAACUAAAUAAAUCCUCCAGCACUCGUUAUUGUCACCUAUUGCUAAUGUUUUGACGCUGCUAACCUCUCAUACGCUGUAAGAAUUUAAUUCAACUGUUUAUCACAGAAAAAGUGUGACUUGUAGGACACGUAACACUAGCGGGCAUAAUGUUAGCUUAAUAGUCAGCUCAACAGCUGUUGUUAGCUCCGGACAAGUGACUACAACAGCAGCGAUGAGCCCCGAUGAACGGAUCCGGGGGCGGAUGGGCUCGUACAUAAAUGGAUCGAUCGGGGCGGGAUACGGUGGGAAACGACAGAUACCUUAAACUUGAAGACAGCCCAAGUAGAAGGAUCGCUAAAGUCUGCUAAAAAAAAAAUCGCAAUGCAAGUUGAACAAACUUGCAAAGACACAAUAUCAAAUUGAACCCAUUCUGGUACAAAAUGACAUCAUAAUAGACUGUCCUUUGAAUGUCACAACGUUCGGCGGUAACGUCACUUGAACUCCUUUGAUGACAGUUCUGGGGGCGGAGUCAGAUCCUAUAAAUAUCCCCCGAGUACAUACCUUGAACCCAUAGAUCGCUAUAGUUCUGAACUAACAGUUUCCACUUGCGAACACUUUGUCUCAUUGAGUAGAUCAUUUUUCAAACACAGAAUAACACGUCGUAUAAACUAAACUAAAUACAUUCAUUUCAAAAUGAGCUCCCUAAGCUACUUUGAUAUGCAGAUGCUCAGAAAUGAGAUAGAAAAUUACAAACAAGCUGAAAAACUUCAGCUUGAGGAAAUCCAAGAAAAGAAUUGUAGGAUUUCAAGUCUUGAGGCAUCUUUGAAAGAAGAGCAGGGACUGGUUGCAAAGAUGAAAGAGGAGUCCAAAGAAAUGCAGGUGCUCAGAAAUGAGAUAGAAAAGUACAAACAAGCUGAAAAGCUUCAGUUGGAGGAAAUCGAUGAAAAGAAUUGUAAGAUUUCAAGUCUUGAGGCAUCUUUGAAAGAAGAACAGGAACUGGUUGCAAAGAUGACAGAGGAAUCCAAAGAUGAAAAGAUGGAAAAAAUGGAAAAUGUUUUGCUGGAAACCAAAUCCCAGCUAAGGUCCGCAGAGUCACAGAAUGUAGAUCUCACAAACAAAUAUGAGGCAAAAAUUCGGGCUCUUCAUAAGGCAAUCAAACACCUUGAAAAUAAGUGUGCCACUGAAAAAACGAUGCGGGACAAGAAAGAAAAGGAGGUGGAAUCUCUGGUUGUCCUUAAAAUCAAAAAUGAGCAGGAAAAACAAGAACUCAAGAUGAAGCUAAGCAAGACGACUGAGGAAAAAAAUGAAACACUUAAAGAACUGCAGAAACAAAAUGAGCUGCUUCAGACUGAGAUUCAGAACAAUGAGAAGUACAUUCAUCGUAAUGACUUCCUUGAAAGAAGGAUAGACGAGCUUCUUACACUACCUGGGGAGGUGUACUGCCGUCAACAGAAAGUUAAAAGUGUGGAAGAAGAAAAAGAGAAACUACAGGCUGAACUUAAAAAGUGUCAAAGACAAAAUGAGGAGUAUAAAGCGGGAAAGCGCUGGGCAAUAGACGAGAAAAACCAACUGACAAAGAAAAAUGAUGAACUGAAAGUACGUCUUAGGGAGAAGGAAUGUAACAACAUAACGUUGAGGAAAGAGUUAAAAGCUAAAGUCCUGGAAUCUGAAAGUCAGAUAAAGGAGCUGGCAAGGCAACGUUUUACUAUCGACCGGCUGGAAAACUGCCUUGAGGUUAAAACUAAGCAAAUAAUUAUAUUUGAAAAUGAGACGCAGGAGUCUGGGAAGAAAAUUUCAUCCCAAGAAAAUAACAUAGCCCGUCUGAAAACUGCUCUUAGCAAAGCAGAAAACGAUCUGGAACUGGAGAUAAAGAGAAGUGAAAAUCUUAGGUCUGAUAAAGUGCUCCUUUCUGAGACAAAGUUCUGCAUUGAGAACGAACUCUAUACAGCUAGAGACACUAUAGAGACACUUCAGAAUAAAAUCAAAGAAAAGGCUCAAGAACUCCAAGAGACAAACGUAGACCUUGCCAAUGCUAAGACCAGCUACAAUGCUGUAAAGACUGAGCUGGACAUUAUCAAACUGCAGCAGGCAGAACAAAAGAAAGAACAGGAGAAACAGCUUAGCUCUGCAAAUGACAACCUCUUCACAGUGAAGUCAAAGUUGACGCAAACUGUGGAGGACAAAGAAGAGGUUGAGAAAGCUCUGACAAAGUCCAAACACACAGUAUUUAAGCUUGAGCAAGUAAUAGAAGAACUGGAAACUGACAUUGGCAUUCAACGACAAAAGAAUGCAGUACAGAAAAAAGAAAAUGACGAUCUGCUGCAACAGCUGAAGGGACUUUAUGACACGCUCGGCCGCACUGUGCAAGUCGAGAAAAAAGCCUCCCCAGAGCAGCAAAGAAAGGAUGGGGAUGAACAAAUAGCCCGGAAAAAGGUGAGAUUUGACCUGAGUAAUGUGGAAUACUUUCCAUCCAAAGGCGACAAUGAGCUGAAAGAACAACAGAAAGAAAUUAGAGACCUUAAGGGUAAAAUGGGUAACAAGCUUACCACAUGUGACAGUAAGCUAAAAGCAGUGCAUGGCCUGCUACCUCCUAUUUCCACUAGGGCCCGGUCUAAAACUGUAGACAACUCAAAGAAGCAGUCUGAGUCUAGGAGCUCACUCAACCUCAAGUCCACUGUUACUCCCAAGGCAGAAGAAGAAAUGUUUCAUCCCCAUUCACCUGAAAUUACUUCCCAGUCAACUCUACGUAGAGUAUACAAUCCUGGUGCAAAACUACUCAAGCGCCGGCCUUCAGCCAAACCCAAACACAUCUAAAAAAUCCUCCUACCAGUUCUCACACUGACCCCAAAGAAAUAAUCAGCUUUUAAGCUGGUUAAAAAAUAUCUAUUUCUUUGUUUCCAAAGUCAAAAUAAAUCACAAAGAGACAAUAUUAGAAAAAAAAUUUAAUACCCGCCCAUCCUGAGGGUAUAUUACAUCCGUAACCCAGGAGAGGCUGUAUUUGCUAUAACAUCAUAAAUGUAAGACAAUAAGGACAUCUCUGCAUGUGUGAGGAAGUGACAUGCAUUUCAUCUAUGUCGCUUCAUCACCCCCAACCGGUCGAGGUAGAUGGCCGCCCCUCACUGAGCCUGGUUCUACUGAAGGUUUCUUCCUAUUAAAAGGGAGUUUUUCCUUCCCACUGUCGCCAAGUGCUUGCUCAUAGGGGAUCUUCGGAUUGUUGGGUUUUCUCUGCGUUAUUGUAGGGAUGUUACCUUGCAAUAUUAUAUUGCAAGUUAACAUCCCUACAAUCUCUGCGUUAUUGUAGGGAUGUUACCCUAAAGUUCUAAAAUUGGCACAAAUAAAAUUGAUGUGAACUGAA